CGGGUGUGACUGCACACAUGGUGCAAUGCUACGUCAUGUACAACCAGAGAAAUGAAAAGUUGUACUGCAAUUGUGCACGAUGAAUCAAAACGCAUUCUGCUGUCAUAUAUACCUAAUUUAAAUAAAUAAAUUAAAUAAUAAGAGUUUAAUUUAAUUAAUUUAUUUUAUGAUAGAAUGCAUUUUGACAUAUUGUACACAAAUGGAGCACGACUUCUCAUUCCUCUGGUGGUCCGUGGUGCAGUCACUCUGGUAGUGUAAUGGUACAUGCGUGGAGGGUAACAAUGUCUGUCUCACCCUGCUAUCCUUCCCAUCCCACAUCCCCACCCCACCCUCCCCUCCGGGGCUUCCCUCCACACAAACCAAAGCUCCUCCAUUCUCCCCAUCCCCCACCCCACUAUGGCUCAGCAUCUGCUUAUCAGAGAAAACAUUCCAGCCUCCUCUUGGGAAGGCUCCAGGGGAAGGUCCUUCCUGCCUCUUCCGGUUUCUGGAGUCUCCAGGCAUUCCUUGGCCUGUGACCUGGAGAAGUUAAACAUCCUGUCCCAAACAUCACUCCAUCUCUGCUUCCAUGGCCUCCUGCCUCGAGACACUGUGGUUUCUAUCCCUCUCCUUUUUUUUUUUUUUUACUAGGGAUUGAACCCAGGGCUACUUUACCACUGAGCUAUGUUCCUAGACCUUUUAUUUAUUUUAUUUUGAGACAGGAUCUCCCUAAGUUGCUCAGGCUGGCCUCAAACUUGGAAUCCUCCCUCCUCGGCCUCCUAAGUAUGGUAUUACAGGAAGGCACCACCAUGCUCAGCUUAUUUUCUAUCUCUUAUGAGGACACUCUCAAUGGUCUGAGGCCUGAUCCAGAGUUAUCUCCUCUUGAGGUGCUUCCUUUAUAUCUGCAGAGACACUAUUCCAAAUAAGAUCCCACUCUGAUCUUAUAUGGGUGGGCACAUCUUUUUGGGGCCACUGUUCAACCCACUCUGGGGAAACAGGUGUAGGAAGGUGUAGCAGCUUCUCUAGGCUACUAAGCUCUGGUAGCCCAGAUUUACCCCCGUCACAGGGUGUCGAUGAGGGUGAAGGUAAGGUGGCAGCCUUGGCCCAUCUGGUUGGAAGGACAGGGGUUCCCAUGUCAAGGGAGCAGACUCUGGCUUCCACCGGAGGGGUCUGGAACCCAGCUUCUGGGAGGCCCGUGUGUGCUGUGCAUAGACUGGGUUGUCUGAGGGGGCGUCGGCCUGGGUGCCAGCCACUGUGUGGGCCUCUAGUCUACCAGGGCACCCAGUUAGGGCCUUGCUCACCUAGAGGUUCAAGUUCAAGCUCCAGCCAGGCUGCUGAAGGCCUGACACCCAGUGACUCUCCAGUGGCUGCAGCCUGUCCCCACUGUGGCAGGUGGGGGCAGGGAUUCCUAAAAACCAGAUUUAGAGUCCAACAUGGACCUUUCUCAGGUUCUGAGUUUUUUAUUCCCAAUAAGAAACACACGAGAAAUGGCACAUCAGAGGGUCGCCUUUUGAGCCCGGAUCUACCUGCAGGAAUUUAUGCCAAGGCGGAGGACAGCUGAUACCUGCAUAAUGACCUAUAGAAACAGGGUUGCUUAUCAGUUAUCAUAACAAACUGGAAUUGGGAUAAAUCAAAAUGUCCUAAAGCAGACGACUCUAUAUAUAAUAUCCCUGAGGCAAUAUUUGGCAUAUGCUGCUGACUGGUGGCUAUUGACAGGGAGGCUAGAGUGGACUAUGUGGUGGGAAUCCCUUUAAAAAUGUAUUUCAGUGUGGAGGGGAAAAAAAUUGUCGGGAGGUAGCCUGACAAGUUUUAUUCUUUAGGAAUUCCCGAACUGUCUGCCAUGGAUAUUUACUGUUGUAUCAUCAUUUCUCGAGGCUUAAGGAAAAUUCCUUUACAGUGUGGAGGACGGUGGUGACACAUCCUUCAGCCAUGCAUGGGGGAGUUUUUGCAGAAUGAUGCAGAGGGUGGGCGGGCUGCUUGCAAGGGCCCCAGGAGGCUGGUGAUGAUCCAGAGAGCAAAGGAGUGGCUUGGGGAAAAGGCUUUUGGACACCAGCUAGAGCCAUGAUGCCACUAAACACAGGCUUUACCCUGCAAAUAGAGUCCCUUCCACCUCUGGGCUGCCUGACAGGGGCCAGGGCCAAGCUUAUAGCUGGCUGUAGGAGGCAUUGGAAUGCACAGUCUUUUUUUUUUGGGGGGGUACUGGGGAUUGAACUCAGGGGCACUUGACCACUGAGCCCCAUCCCCAGCCCUAUUUUGUAUUUUACUUAGAGAUAGAGUCUCACUGAGUUGCUUAGGGCCUCACUUUUGCUGAGGCUGGUUUUGAACUUGUGAUCCUCCUGCCUGAGCCUCCCGAGCUGCUGGGGUUACAGGUGUGCGCCACUGCACCUGGCAGGAAUGCCCAUUCUGAUGACGCUGACUAUGGCACUAACAAGAGGCUGCUGACUCGUUGUGACACAUGGACACUGGAGUUUGAGGCCGAGGGAAGGUGGCUUUCCUGUGACCUUGAGAAUCCAGCUCACUGUCUGGCCAGCACCCCCAACCUGCCUGACUCUAGAUACCACCGGGAAGAGACAAAGUCCUUCUGUGAGCUGGCAGUGGCCAGUAUGUUAGGUCAUCAGAGAAGGGACUCCCACCUCCCAAAGCACAGGGUACAUAUUGGGAAAGCUCCCAGAGGGGACCAAGCCGGUGGGCUGGACCAUCCAGGUGACCUUGGCACAGUGUGGUGCCCUUACCUGUUCUUAACCUGGGACUUAGCAUAGAGAUGGGGCUGAUUGCUCCCUGAGUUAACAGCCCCAACAGAUGCUCGAUCAGAUUCGAGGAAAUUGAGAGCAGAACAGCAUAGGCUUAUUGUCCUAACAGUGUCCCCUAGGGGCUCCGUCCCCUCCCAGUGCUGGCAUUCUAACUUUCCUUCCUAGGGAGUGCCUCUGGGGGCCUCUGGCCCACCUGCUUGUCAGCCAGGGUGGCUGCGAUGGGCACAGAGAUGGCUCAGAUCCUCUGUCCUGUGGAUGAGCCAUGGCAGGGUUGAGGACCAUGGCCUUGGGGAGCAGGGAGCAGAGCCACAGCUCCUGCCUCCAGGACUGUCUCCUUUGCCUACUGAAUUGGGCUCAGCUGUGGCAUCUGCAACCAAAAGCAGAGGAAAGGACUGGGACACUGGGCCUGGGUGAGGGUGGGGAGGCCAGACUCUCUGGAGGCUCGGAGGUCCAUGUGAGAUCCCCUGACCAGUCCUUGUCUGUGGACUAGCUUAGCUCUAGGAGCCCAGAGCCCUUGAAUGGCUAAGUCCAAAGGCUCCUCCACACCCCACCCUGGGGGUUGCCCGGAGCCACACUAGAAGGGUGGCCCUUUAGAGGAAGGCCAGGAAGGGGAGCAAGGCCCCCCUGCGGAGCCAGGUGUUCACAAGACCCUCCGGCCUUCCCUUCUGGCGGGGAGGGAACUGCAGAGGGCCUCAGGCUCUGCACUGGUGGCCUCAGAUGUGUUGUGUCCCCUCAGCUGUCUGUCUCUGAGACCAGCCCUCUUCGGGGAAGCAGCACAUUAGUUGAAUACCAACAGCCUCCCCUUACUAUUUAUCAAUCUGAGCUCACACAGGAGCCCUGUCUUCAAGCAGGGCGCCUCCCAGGACUCCAGACCCCAGGAAGAAGAUCUGCACAACCAUACCGAGGUUUGGUGUGGUGGGCCCUGUGAGGGGAUGGUGAAUUGUUGCCAGAAUGCUGCCCAAGUCCCUGCAGGGGGCUCCCUGGGGCAUCCUGAACAGCUGGCCUUAGAGGAGCUGAGGGUGGGGCAGGACUAAGGAUCCAUGUGGCCCCCAAGCAGACCAGAGCUGCCCCAUACUCCUCCUUCCUAGGGAGGCGGACUAAAUGGGUGCUUCUGAUUCCCCAGUCUUGGGGUCCCAGAGGCAUCCAGGGGCCCCACUGAGCCUCAUGCCUCUUCCAGUCCUGGAAUAAAUGACCAUGACUGGAGGUCAAUGGAAGCACUACAGCAGGUCCAUAAAUCGAUCCAAAGGGUUCACGUCUUCUCCUUUCACCACAGUCAGUGAACGCCCACCGUCUCCCAGGCAUGGGUACUUGUUGGCCCAUUCCAAGUACCCAUGCUUGGGGGUCAUGGACCUACCAAGUUGCGGCCUGUGCUUCUGAUGCAGUGGGAGGGGUGGUGGGUGAUGAGCAUAAACCCCAGGGGCUGCAUUCAACCCAGUGGUGAUUCAGCCCAGGGGUGGCCUUCUGAAGCCAGAGAGUUCAGCCUUGGGAAAGAAGGUUCCAGAAGGUGAACAAGAGCCCAGGGGGCUGAUGAGGGGCUGUACUCUGCGCUUUUCCUGUCUACCCUUUUCUCACCAAUCCAAAAGGGUGGCUGUCAGGCUUGUCAGGAGCCCACCAACAUGAGAUAAGGCGUUCUCAGCACUGGGCAUGUUGGGUGUGGCGUGGAGAAAGCGCUUCAGCGAAUCAUUAUUACAUGUGACGCCCAGGACAGAUAAAUGAGGGGAAGUGCCAGGGGCAGUGAUGAGGGACUAAGUUGUAGGUCCUAUGUCAGGUCACACCUCCACAUUCAGGACCUCACCUGUCCCACCUGGGGAGUGCUGGCUUGGCGCUGUCGCCUGGAGGUGAAUCCACGAAGCUUCCCCCCCUCGCUGCUUGGCUUUCUAAGAUCUCAGGUCCCGCUCCAGGUAUUUCGGGGAGAACUAGGUCGGCCUCGCAGCUUUCCCAGCGCGGGAUGGCGAGGGAGCGCAGGGAGGGGUGUGGCUCCGCCCUGACUGGCCCUUGUCUCCUCCCUCGGGUUCGGCGGCCCCAGCACACUUUGGACCCGGUCCCGCCUCGGUCCCUGCCCCGCGUGCUGACGUCACGCCGGGACUUCUUCGGUCUUGUUGGCCCAUUCCAAGUACCCACGCUGUCCUCCGGCAGCUUCAGAGAGCGCGGGGCUGCGAGUGACGCUGGCCUGCAGCAGCUCUACGCCUCGGCCUUCACCCCGGCGGAGAGGCUGUUCCUGUCCGAGGCCUACAACCCCCAGAGGACCCUCUUCUGCACACUGCUCAUCCACUCGGCCUUUGACUGGCUGCUGAGCCACCCCGAGGCCCCUGAGGACUUCCAGACGUUCCACACCUCCCUGCAGCACCGGAAGCAGAGCCUGGCUCGGAAGCACAUUUACCUGCAACCAAUAGAUCUGAGUGAGGAGCUGGCAGGAUGCCCCUUGCUGGAUCACCUGCGGAGCUGCGUGGAGGCCUUCUUCCUGGGCUUGAGGGUCAAGUGCCUGCCCUCUGUGGCGGCUGCGUCCAUCCGUUGCUCCUCGCGCCCCAGUCAGGACUCUGGUGAGCGGCAGCUCCACACAGAUGGUAUCCUGUCCUUUUUGAAGAACAACAAGCCAGAUGACGCACUGUGUGUGCUGGGCCUCACGCUGUCUGACCUGUACCCCCACGAGACCUGGAGCUUCACCUUCAGCAAGUCCCUCCCAGGGCAUGAUGUGGGAGUCUGCAGCUUCGCCCGGUUCUCAGGGAAAUUCUCUCAGGUGGGGCCCAAUGACCUUGAUCCAGGUCUGCUUGAGGAGGCAGCAAAUGGCCCUGAGACCCCGCUGCAGGACACAGGCAGGAGCCAUUGCUUCAGUGCCCUGGGGGUGGUACAGUGCUGCAAGGUCACAUGCCACGAACUCUGCCACCUCCUGGGCCUGGGGAGCUGCCGCUGGCUCCGCUGCCUCAUGCAAGGGGCGCUCAGCCUGGAUGAAGCCCUGCGGCGGCCCCCAGACCUCUGCCCCAUCUGCCUGAGGAAGCUGCAGCACGUCCUAGGUUUCCGGCUCGCUGAGAGGUACAAGAGACUCCACGCCUGGACCCAGGCAGCAGCAGGUUCGUGGCCCUGCCAGGAGGCAGGAGAGCCGUCUGUAUCGGAGGACACCCCACCCUUCAGCGCAGACUCUGGCAUGUGCUGUGAGAGCGACUCAGAGCCUGUCACCAGCCUGUCAGAGCCACUCACCCCUGAUGCAUGGAGUCAUGCCUUCCCUGAGGGACCCGAGGAUGGGCAGAGCUCCCUGGUGGCCUCAGAGGCUCUGCCGAAGCUUGAGGGCCCUGUGGAGGCCAUUGAGGAGCACGGACGGUGGCUGGCCACAUGUAUCCAGGCCCUGGAACGAGAAGUGGCCGAGGAGGAGCUCGCGCAGGUGGACAGGGCCGUGGAUGCCCUGGACCCGUGGGAGAUGUUCACAGGGCAACUCCCGGCUACCAGGCAAGACCUGCCCUGUGUCAGGGACAGUGCAGGGCUACGCAAGGCCCUGGGGGACAAGCUCUCCUCCCUGAGGCGGCGGCUGAGCACACGUAGACUCCCCAAGGCCGAGUCCUCCCCCUGCCGCUGGGAGGGGGGGAGUUAGUGCAGCAAGAUGGCCUGUCCCCUGCAGAAAAGUCAGCGCCUGGCGUCUCUCCCCAGGACACCAACUGACCACUGCUGUCCAGCCACCAAGGGCAUGGUGAGCCCAGCAGCACUAACAGAAGCCCUCAGAAGUUGAGGAGGCUGCUUCUAGCUGGCUCCUUGGGUCCCUGUGCCCACUGCUCACCCCAAAGCACAGCCUGGUCCCAGGACCCCCAUGGCGGAGUAGCCUGCAGCCUGGGGAGCACCCCGCCCCUCUCCUGGGUGCGACCGUGGACUGAGGGCCAGGGGGGAGCUGUGCGCUUGUCUUCUCCGUGCAGGCUGGGCUUUGGGCCUGCUGCUCCCCUGGUUACUUCCUGUUGGAGCUUGAAAAGUUAUCCAGGCCAGUGGUGACCCUGGAACAUGGGCCGUGCUGCUGCUAACUGGGCUCCAGGGUCCCCUCAAAGUGGAAGCCAUGGGGUUUUGUUUGUUUUGUCUCUGAGCUUGAGACUCACGGGGGUCUGUCCUUUUGGACCCACACUGCGGGAAGGCAGGUGUCUAACCUGCAGGUUUAAGGGGCAGGAGGGUGGAGUCUCCUUAUGCCCCGAGGUCGCCUGCUGUCACUCAGUGGUGAAAACACACUGCAGCCCCAUUCUCGGGACUGUUUUCUGACCAAAGUGGCUGUGCUGAUAGUGGGCACUAGGCCGCAGUGGUGCCAUGUGGGGUCAGUUUGUACUAGGCCACCAGGUGCCUGUGCUGGUGCCAGCGGGGUGUAGCUCAUGUCUUCGGUGACAUCUUUUUGGCUGGGUCCUAUCCAUUCCUGAGAGCGCUUAGGACAUCGUCCACACGUGGCAUUGUCUGUGUCCCUUUCAAUUUUUUGGUCCCAAGGAUUGAACCCAAGGGUGCUUAACCACUGAGCCACAUCCCAAGCCCUAUUUUAUUUGAGAUGGGGCCUCACUAAAUUGCUUAAGGUCUUUCUAAGUUGCUAAGGCUGGCCUUGAGUCUGUCCUCCUGCCUCAUUUGAUUCCCACCCCCUCAAAGUGACCUUUUUAUCACUAUCAAAUGUCCCAGCCUGAGACAGUAGGAUCCUGCAGAGUGAAGCAGGUGGGGUCCUGGCUUUUCCUCACUGGAAAGAGGCAAGAACAGGAAGCUUAGACAGUUUCGAAUUGUUUCUGAGAAAAAACUACAAAUAUAGACCUAGAGGGAGUCUGAAGCUGCCUUGUGACUGUGACACUACUGUGGGGCAAAGGGCAGGUCCCAGGCCCAGAAAAAUGCAAAGGGUCGAGGCCAUCUGAGCUGGGAAGCAAAGUCACACCUCUGACACAGUAUCGGCACCCUCCCCAGGCCCCCAGGCCAUUCUUGCCAUCUCAUACAGGUGUCCCAUGGUCCAGGUUGUCCUUGCAAUGAGAUGAAGGGACUCACGCUACGGCUCAUGCAGCUGCCUGUGUCUGCGAGCAGGGAGCACAGCUGGGCCUCCACGCCCAGGCCCUGGGAGCCCUCCAUCAGGCCCAGGCUCCCUGGGUAGCUGUGGCCUUCCUAAGGCAGGUGGGGCUCUACCUAAGCCUCAUGUCAGAGCCUCACCCUGCUGGGCAGUCACUGAGGCCCCUGCAGGUCCCUGGGAGGGACACAGACACCACCUCUGAAUGGAGGUGUGGCAAGUUUCUGGAAGGUCGUACCACUUGGGGAAAUAACACUGUGGCCAUCCGUGAGAAGCUGGCCCUGGUCGGUGUUGGUGGCCUGGGUUUCACUAUCAUGAUGGCCACAUGGUCUUACCUGAGGCCACUCUUCUGUCCUCUGCAAGAGGCGAGUUACUGGAGUGUUGGAAGAUUCAAUGGGGAUGACAAAUAGCCAGGUGUGGACGGAGGGCAGGAGGCCAUCAGGGUCAUCAGCCCCUGGCCUUUGGCUCCCAACUGUCAUGAGUCCCAGGAGGGCACGUGGAGGUGGGAGGCAGCAAACCACUAAAGCCAGAAGCUUCA